AGGGUAGGUUUAAGGCUGCAGUUACAGUAUGUAAAGUGCUAUUGGUAGAUUGCCUUGAUUAUAUUUGCUUUCCCAUAUAAAGCAUCUGUUGCUGAAUUUAGUGUUUUCUUUUCCUGUCCAAUUGAAAUAGGCUCAAUUUUAGCUCAUAUAAGUUCUCUCCCAUUAUUUAUUAAUAGUGCUACAGCUGUUCCCUCAUUGCUGUCUUUAAAAAACUAUGUUAUGCUAAGAGCUAAAACAUAAAUUAACAAACUGGAUUAUAAAAUGCGAUUUAAUAUGUUACAUGUAAAAUGCGAUGCGUAUAGUACGGAUAUUUCAAAUAGUGUGUGAAGUGCUAUUACUGUGAAAAUAGUACGUGUGAAACAGAAAAUAAGAGAAAAGCAGAAUUAAAAUUAACCAAUUAUCACCUUUCAAAUAAAUCCCAAAGAGGUUUCAGAAAUGGGGCAGGUACAGGAAAUUGAGUCUAUUUAAAAUCUGCUUCUUAGCCACUGAUAUUGAUUCUAGGCCACAUAACAUAGUUGUAGUUUGCAUUAUAUGUAUUUAUUUCAUUUUAGUCAUGAACCCCCUCCUUAGGUUAUUAAUUGUCAAAGGUUCUUUACAAUUAUUGGAGUAAAAUCUAUUCUAUUAAUAUCUAUCCUGUUAAUUUGUAUACAGGAAGUUGAAGGGUUUGCAAGUAGAGAAAUCUUAAUUAGUGGGGAACGCAACCAAGAACAAUAAAAUUAACUAUUCACUCAACCCCCAAUCCCCUCUCACUUUCUAGUUGCCUAGGGGCUUUUUAAAAAACCCAAAGAUGACCAGGCAAGUGACUUUUUGUAUUUGUUUCACUUUAAACAGCAAUGGUCCGUAAUGGCAAAAAUGGUGGACUCCAUCUGAAACAGAUCUCUUACUAUAAACAAACAGGUGGAUAUCAUCCCACAACAUUAGCAAGUGAAAGAAGUGGAAUAAGAAGAGCAGCUAAAAAGUUUGUUUUCAGAGAUAACAAUCUGUUCUAUGUGGGAAAAGACAAGAGGCAAAUGCGCCUGGUGAUUCUUUCUGAUGAAGAGAAAAGGAAAGUGUUAGAAAAGUGCCAUGAAAAUCAUGCAGGUGCACAUCAUGGCAUAUCAAGGACACUGACCCUGGUGGAAUCCCAAUAUUAUUGGACAUCAGUAACCAGCGAUGUAAAACAGUGGGUGUACGCUUGCGAACAUUGCCAGGUAGCAAAGAAUACAGCUGCUGUAGCGUCUAAAUUCCAUUCUAUUAAGGCAGAAGACCCGUGGACUGUAGUUACUCUAGAGCUAAUGGGACCUUUUGAUGCCACCAGACGGAACAAUGUGUAUGUCAUCCUCCUAACAGAUGUCUUCACUAAGUGGGUUGUGGUUUUGCCCCUGCAUGACCUUUCAGCAGCAGAAGUAGCUAAGGCAGUUGUCAGCGCAUCGUUCUGUUAUGGACCACCUCAGAAAAUAACUAUAGAUCAGAAAGAAGAGUUUGUUCAUCAGAUCAACAGGGAGCUGUUUGAACACUUUGGGACAAAGGAAUUAAUAAUGCCGUACCCUCAAGCUGAUCAUGAAAAUGAAGCUGUCAAGACAAUCAGAUCUUUCCUUCUCAAAUACUGCACAGAGCACACCAAAGACUGGGAUGACCAUUUGCAAGCUAUUUCAUAUGCGUUCAACUUGAUUGAUUCAGAAACUAGCAACAACACACCCUAUUUCCAAAUGUUUAAACGAAAUCCUUAUAUACCUUCAACAUUAAGUGUGAUUCAAGAAGGGGAGAGUGACUGCAUGUUUGUGAGAAUCUUAUCUGCUAUUAGACAAACAGAGAAAGCAGUACAGGAAAGGACAAUUUCAAGUUGCCAGAAUAUGAAGAAAAUGCCUGUGGAACAGCAGAGUGGGAAAAUGAGCCAAGUCAGGAAGAAACCAAAGCAAGUUAAUCAAUUUCUACUUAAAGUUGGACAUGAAGUUCUCAGACAAAAGAAGAACUGGUGGAAAGAUGGUCGCUUCCAGUCCGAAUGGGUUGGCCCCUGUAUUAUAGACUAUGUUACUGAUAACGGCUGUGCAAUAUUAAGAGAUGCUUCUGGCUCAAGGCUGAAAAGGCCCAUCAAAAUAUCUCAUCUUAAGCCAUAUAUAAGAGGAUCCCAGGAACAAGAUAGCAGCUACAUUUGGCAGAGUGCCGUCAUGGUUGAUCAUGAUUAUGUCGGUUCAUCCGACACGUCCGCAGGAAAGAGCUCCAAAGAUGUCUUUUCUGGAAAAGGUCCACCUGUUCCCGUUGCUGAUGAUGGCCUGUCGGGAAAGGACCGUGUCUUCUCAGAAUGUAACAGGAGCGCAGAGACGGAAUUGAUAGACCCAGACUCCACUGACUCAGUGCCGAAGAAUCCAAAACAGUGGUGUGCAGCUUACUGGACUCUUCAGAAUAAGACAGAGGCUACUUGAUGCAGUAAGACUCCAUUGGAAUAAGUGGUACGGAGCUUGUCAAAGCUGUUAGGAUGGUUCUUCUAUUCUUCCGAAGAAAAAGGGAAAAGGUCUAAAGAUUUGCCAUGUUCUGCACUCCUCUCCAGUGCUAACCUUCCAAGAGCAGCAAGAAGGAAAUGUGGGAAGCCUUGACAGUCUUGUUUAUAUCACCAAGCUUUCAUGCAACAAGAUCGACACUGUAU